GUUAAUGUUUGCGCUUCGCGGUGACUGUCGCACAAAACAGGUCACAAAAACAUUCCUCCCAGUAAGAUGCGAAAAUAAACGGAAAAAAACAGAAACAUGGACGAGGUGGACAAGAUAAUCAUGCACCAGCUGCACCAGGUGGACCCGGCCAUCGAACCGACGGAGGAACUGGCGGAAUUCUCACCGGAACAGGUCGUCCGCGCGGUGUCCAGCUGCCUGGCCGAAAUCCGUCCGGAUGUGCAGCUUCCCCGGACUCUGCCCGGCGGGGCGAUGGCUCAGCGUUUCGGUGUGGCAAGCUCCCUGGCCGAGGGAUGCAAGGAUGCCGGCUAUAGGGGCGACAUCGGUUACCAGACGUUCCUCUAUCCCAACGCCGUCGAGCUGCGGCGUCUGCUCAUGUUCCUGAUCGAGCAGCUGCCACGGGAGCGCCAGGCGACAGACGACGGUGUCGGCAAGUCGCAGUCGCUAAGCCACAGGGAACUUCUGCAGCGGAAGAUACGCAAGGAACUCGCCACGCAACUGAAGACGCCGUGGGUGCCACAGUUUGCCCGUUCGGUGGGCAACCGGAAAUCGCUUGGCUGCAGCAGUUUGUGCAUCGACUUUCGGCCGCAUAUCAAUCUCAGCGUUCCGUCCGCAAAUCCCGAGGAGCGCACAAAGGAGGUGCAGCAGUAUUUCGACCAGUUGGCGCCCAAUAUAUUCCAGCAGACGGCCUCCAGUUCGGUGGAUCUCAUUGCCUCCGUACUGCACAAAAACGAACUGGAGCGGUGGGGUACUGGACUCCCAGACUCGGCACACCUUUUCUCGGGCAUUGAGGAGCUAACGCCGCCUCUUCUACCCAAUGCCUCACAGCCCGUGGAUAAAUCUUCAACAUCCGGCGCCGAGGAGGAGGUCUCGCCCCUGCAGCAACUCAGCGACGAGGUCCAAGAGCUGCGUACCCAGUGCGAAACCCUGCUUAUGGAACGAAAAACUCAUGCUGCGGCACUGGCUGCCUCGAAACUGCGGGAGAGUAAGGCCACCGAGGAGAUCAGCCGCAUUCAACCCGUACUAAAACUCAACGAACGCACUUCCCUGGUCCUAGCUGAUUCUGAGCAGAAUUUGAACAAGCUGGAGGCCCUACUGAAGAGUACCCAGGCCAAGAGAGAAACCCUCACGCAACAGUGGCAGGAGUACAGGAAACCUCUGUUGGAAACCCUAGAAACACUGAAGACAGCCACGGAGGCCCAACAUGUCCAGGGCAUCCGUAACAGCAUCGAGCAAUUGGAGCAGGAACUCCAAGCGAAGACCAAGCAGCACAACGAACUAAAUGCCACCCUGAGAACCGCCAGUCAAUCCCUGGCUCCUCGCAAGGAAUACACCCGCAGGAUACACGAAUUUAUAGGGAAUAUUCGGAAGCAGCGGGCCGAUAUCUUCAAAGUUCUGGAUGACACCCGGCAGCUCCAGAAGCAACUGAACGUGGUGGGCGCCCAGUUGCAGCGGCAGUUCAACUACACCGACGAUCUGCUCUUCCAGAGCGCCAAGCACGAUCUGCACGCUAAGCGGGCGUACAAGCUGCUAGCCCAGCUCCAUGCCAAUUGCAGUGAGCUGGUCGAGUGCGUUUCGCUCACCGGCAACGUGACCAAGCAGAUCCGCGAGCUGGAGGUCCAAAUUGACGGCGAGAAGCUAAAGAACGUUCUGACGAGUCUGCAGCAGAUCACUGGCGAUAUCCAAAAGUUCGAGCAGCACAUCCAGGAGCUGCAGGGACAGAUAAGCGCUGUGGAGUAGACCAAAAAUGGCGGAGUUGUAUACUCAGUAGACAUUCGUGUACUGGUGCCAAUAAUUUUAAUAAAGGAAUCGAAGCACGCUUAGCGUUUAUUUAGUAGUCGAAAAAUAAUUUUGUUUUGGAUCG